AUGGACAAGGCCACAUUCCUCAAUCCGACCACUUAUUUUGGUGUAGCCUGUGUGGCAUUCUCGCUGGUGGCAGUGGGGUCAAUCUGGAGAAAUCAGAAUGCAUCGCAAGCAGCAACACCGAAGCACAAGGUCGCUCAUGCCAGCUCAUCGAAACGACCCGACCCACGACGACGGAUGGCCGUCGACAGUCUGUAUGCUGACGAGGACACGCGUGCGGCAAUUGCAUCUAAGCUAGCUGCAGUCUCUGUAACUACCAACGACACUAGGCCAGAUGGCAAUGCCGUGGAAGGCCUGAUAGAUCAAUGUUCGCAAUUAUCACAACAGCUGCGGUCUUCCCAGGAUGAACAUUCUCUGUUGCUCGCCGAGCUUGCCAUGCUGAUGGCAGCUCUAUACAGAUUACGACAAUCAUCGUGGACGGGAGCAUCUUUGAAUCCUCAGGCUGCUUUUAGCUCUUCUACAGAACCCAUAUCCGAUACACUUGCAUAUCUUCGCACCAGCCUCAGACUAUCCCACCUGGACGAGAGCGCCGGCUCGGCAGUGGCCAAGCAAAUAGAGGAGCAGCGAAAUACACUUGAACGACUAGUCAACAAUGCUCACAUUUCCGCAUGGCCACCUACGCCUCCGUGCGAGAUGGAAGUCAAAGCUGGCACGUCUCGUGACCACGAUCUGAUGCCAUCUUUUGCUAUGCCUACAACUGGUCUUACACCUAUGGCAGACACCGGAGCCUGGAUCGAGCCGCCGCCAGAAUACAGCCCACCAUCUGAUCCAUCCAUUCUCGCUAGAGUGGAGAAGUCCGAUGUGAAGGCUCCAACAGAACCGACUCCUCCCGAAAACCAAGACAGAGCCGAGGAGCAGGUCUUCGACACCGACGCACUUUACAACGCGGUCACGAACGAGGAGCUCGAGCUGGUCAGUGAUCUUCUGGAGCAAGACGCCACGCCUGAUGAGCCAGUUGGUGAGCUGCAACGCACAGCUUUGCACCAGGCAGCACAUCUCAAUUCCACGGCCUGUAUAGCUGUCCUCCUUCGCUACUCUGCAUCAAUGACUGUCGAAGAUGCAAAAGGCGAUACUCCUGUACACCUCGCAGCCUGGUCCAAUAGCUGCGAAGCUCUCUCUGCUCUGCUAGCACAUGGUGCCGACGUCGACUGGCUUAGUGGUCGCGAUGGCUACAGUCCAUUAUGGUGCGCUGUCAGUGCAUACCACAUAGACGCUGCAAGACUUCUCCUCAAGCACGGCGCGCGGGUCAGCCUCCGUUCGACAUCCGGAGCAUUCCUCUUGCAUCAGGCAGCUGUGACCGGGCAAAGUGCCAUGUGCGAGCUUUUACUUGAACGAGGAGCCCAGGUGGAUAGCUUGGACUCUGAUGGCCAAACCGCGCUUCAAUAUGCCGCAGCAUCAGGCUCAGUUCCUUCAGUCAAAGUAAUGUUGCGCGGCGGUGCCAACGUCAGCUUGGCGCAGGCGCAAGGGCUGACGAGUGCGCACUGGGCAGCCCACAAAGGCCAUACAGAGGUCCUGGAUCUGGUACUAUCUUAUGGUGCAGACAUAAACGCCCAGACGGAGCAAGGUGCUACUACAUUACACAUGGCGGCGAAUCGAGGCCACAUUGCCGCAGUACGACUACUGCUGGAGAAGGGUGCAGCAGUGGAUGUCGAAGCGGCAUGGGACGGCACCAGUGGCACACCAGAGGACAUGGCACGUGAAAAAUGCCACCGACGGGUUGCGAAGCUGCUCGCAUCAUGGGACACAAAUUAA